CAAAACAUGCGCAUUGCGUCACUCUCUCUCUUUCGCAGACCAAAGAUGGGUAGUACGCAACAGUUCUGUCUUAAAUGGAACAACCACCAGUCGAAUAUGCUGUCGAUUUUCGACCAGCUGUUGACAUCAGAACACUUUGUCGACGUGACGUUGGCAUGCGAUGGACUUUCGGUGCGAGCGCACAAAAUGGUACUGUCUGCGUGCAGUCCGUUUUUCCAAUCGCUGUUCAUUCAGAAUCCGUGUGAGCACCCAAUUGUGAUACUAAAGGACAUCCGCUUUGUCGACCUCAAAGCACUCGUACAGUUUAUGUAUCGAGGCGAAGUCAACGUCAGCCAAGACCAACUACCGACACUGUUGAAAGCUGCAGAAACCCUAAAGAUCAAAGGUCUCGCAGAAGUUACAAACGAAUCAGGCCAGAAAUCGACGGUCGGAGGUUCUCUGGGCGUGAGUCAUAAUGGACACCAUUCGUCGUCGGGCGGCGUUACCAAGACCGAACAGCCCUCUGUACAGGCUGCUCCGUCACCCUUGUCGUCGACCCCGGCGGCAAUCGCGUCCAACGCAACGCAUGGUGCUCUCGUGGCGGCGAUGCAACAAACUGCACUAAAAGCGCAAUUGGCUGCAGCUGCCCAGGUGGCUCAGGCUGCCGCGGCAGCGGCGGCGGUCCAAAACGAAAGCCGUCAGAGCGUCGUUUCGGCGGCCAGCCACGAAAGCAACAGCAAUGCGUCGACGCCUCUACGGCAAACCGACUCGCCCAUGUCGCAACAGAACAGGAAGCGCCGCAGAAAAUCUGCCGGCUCCGACAAGGGCUCGGGCGAUGAGAACUCCGGGCCGGAAAGCGGCGUCGAAGAUAAUCUAGAAGAAACCCGCGGCUCAGAUGACGAAUCAGGUGGAGAAGAAGCCGAGUUCGAACCAUCGAAACUCCUCGAACAGAGCAUGACUGAGGUCAGGCCGGGACACCAGGACAACAACUCGUCCUCAUCCGACAACCACACGAAGGACUCAAAUCAGGCCGAAAUGAAGCCUGUCCUCAACUUCGACACAGCCACCGGCGGCAACCCGCUGACGAUCAACCCGGGCGAUCCGAGCCACGUGCUCGCGUUCGCGGCCGCAGCACAAGCCGCACAGGUCGCCGGGGCCGCAGCUUCUGCUACGCCCGGUGACUCUGUGGCCGGGCCCUCCCAGCCGACUCAUGGUACGUUGAAACUCUCAGCUGACGGUUCGGAACGGUUGCACGUGCGUUCCGGAUUCUGACGCAGAGAGACUGCAAUCUCUCUCUCUGUCCUUGUGCAUGUUGUACUUUCCUUCUGCACUUCGGUGCGAAUUCAUUCGACGAUGGUGAUGCGCGGCGACUCUUCGGCAACGACGCUCGGAUCAUCUUUAAUCAGCUGUAAUCAACUCUAGUCAUCUCCAAGCACCGAAUUCUACCAUGUACGUACGGGCGAAAAUCCACCGGCUCCCCUCGGGGAGCUGGUCAGAUUUUUGUUUUUCAUUUUUCUCCUCCUUGGUUCGAAGAUAUUUUUCUAACCCUUCUGAAAAGCGUCAACUAAGAAAGAAGAACCAAGAAGAUAUCAACAGUCUACUAAGAAGAGGAGGUUUAGCUAAGGUAACAGACUCUGACAAAAGGUAUACACACGCCGACGGAACGCACACAAAGGCACGAAUCUCGAACGGGAUUCAGACAGAACACUAGGCGACGCGAUCAAAGGACGGGCGGUGAUGUCUUCUGGGAAAUAAAUGUGAUAUUUUAAUUCGUCAAA